AUGAAGGCCUUUGCGCGAGGCGCGACUCGACUUCGCAGCACAUCGCUCAGUGCAGUGCCUCCUCCACGCUCCUCGUCCGAAUACAUCGACGACUACGCCGCGACUGCCGCAUCCAUCCUCUAUCGCUCACCUCUCCCGUCUGAGUCCGGCCUACCCGUCUACAUCCUCAAUGCCGCCGCCUUUCCCGAUGCUUUCGAAGUCGACUACGAUGCCCUUUUACCCUACGUACUCGCCAGACUGCCCGGAGAGGAAGAAUUGAUUGCAGGCGAAGAAUAUGAGAUCGUCUUCUUUGCCGGUGGACAGCCCGAGAGCGCUACAUCCGAGAAGAAGAGUGGCCCAGGCAUGGGCUGGUACCUACAGGCCUACCACGUGCUCAGCAGGGCGGUGCGCAAGAGACUACAGAGGCUCUAUGUUGUCCACGAACGUAGCUGGGUGCGCGUACUCAUCGAGGUCUUUGGCACCAUGGUCUCGCCCAAGUUUCGCAAGAAGAUUGUCCACGUCUCGACCCUCUCGCAGUUGGCUCUGCAGAUUCCCAUCGAGAAGCUGCUCAUCCCACCCAACGUCUACCUCCACGACCGUCGCCUAUCGCCCGACAUCCACUCGCCGUACGUCAGCGGCCGAAGAGCCUUUGCNGCCAAUGACCCUAUGCCUCGCAAUCUGUACGGCCAAAGACGUCUGCCUCGUGUGCUAAGAGAAACCACAACUUUCCUGUGCCAGAGUGAAAACAUCGGGACAGAGGGCAUCUUUCGCAUUCCUCCUCAAUCCAUCCUGGUUGGCAUCUUGAAAGAGGCCUACGAUCGUGGUCAACAAUUCAUCGUCUGGAAGGAGGGCGGAAUUACCUAUACCCAGCCUGACAUGGACCAUCAGACUCUCAGACACAUCCAUCAGUCGGACGCGUACGGUGUACAUCUGGCAGCUGGUCUUAUCAAACUCUGGUAUCGAGAGUUGAAGACGCCCGUAUUCCAUGAGACUUGCUACGAUGAACUGAGAUAUAAGUUCGGAAGUCCCGAUGCCGAUAUUGAGCUGGAAGACCUGAUCGAGAUGCUGUCACCAACCUCGAAUACCUCGUUCCUCUCACAGGCAGCGAGACUUAUACUGAUACUUCACCUUCUUCCUCUGCUUUCUCUUGUCACAAGCUACCAGGCGACCAACAAAAUGACCCCUGAUAACCUAGCAAUAUGUUUCUCGCCAGCUCUUGUCUGUGGUUCGGACCAACUAGCUGAUGCCAAAAUGACCUCUAUUGUCCGUCGAGUACUCGAGGCUGCAGUCGAGUAUUGGCCGCAUGGCCUCCGAGACGCUUGUCAGACUGCUCCAGACUCGUUUGUCGCUGCGCUGAGACCACCACCGUCUGCUCAGGACUACGAAGAUCCCUUACAGGAACACUAUAGGGAUACAACAUCAAACGACUCUGGAGAACGAUCACAUAAAAUCCUUCUUCAGGAUGAUGAGUCCGAGAAACCGACUCUNCCCCCUCGCCCGUUCCCGAAAACGAGGCAGCCUGAGGAGUCCAAGUCGACGUUUCCUGCAAGAAAUGAUAGUCUGGCUUCUCCCAUCAAACGCAAACCUGCACCAAUAGGCGUCGCUCCUCCACCUUAUGCAAAUUUUCCUAGCCGCUCCGUCUCGCAGUCACAUACAAGCCAGUCGAGUCCGUUGAGUGACUUCACAGACGUCAGAAAUGCUUUGCCAUAUACCGAGUCUCCUCCAAAUGUGCCUUCUAAACCGACCCCUCCUAAGCCAGCCCCUCCAGUGCAGAACGAUCUCAUGAAGGAGUUGAGAAACUCCCUAGCAACCGACGUUGCAAAGAGAAAGCCGGUGUCGUCGACAGCAUCGCCCGGCUCUCCAACAAGCAGCGACCCAUCGUCUGCUCAACCUCAACGCUCAGCGUCCGCGCGAGCCCCCUCGCCUCCAAAGCCGGACAACAACAUGUUCGCCAAACCCACCUGGGCAGCAUCCUCACGCACGACUUCGCGUGCACCCUCUCUCUCCAACCCGCCUCCCACCGCACCCACGUUUGCCAGAACUCCAUCACCUGGCCUACUGAAACGCAUGGCCUCCAUUGAGUCUACGCACAACACCACAAUCGCUCAACAACCGGAUCCUAGCAGGAUUGCACCUGUCGUUGAGAAGAUUGGUUUGCGCAAGAGCUCGGUUGAUGAUCUUAAGAGGAUCUAUGAGGAGAGGGUUGGACUUGCCAGAGCGGCCAGUGUGAGCAGUGUGAGUAGCAGCCGGAGGACUUCUAAUGCUGGUUUGAGUAGAAGACCAUCGAAUGCUGCUGUGUAG